AUGGAUACAUACUCCUUCGCAACUUCACGGCAGCUCGACUUCCCGGUCUUUGUGAAGAUAUCAAAUCUGACCGGCAAGCAAAGAGUCAUCCCACAGUCGACACUGCUUCGCCAUCCAGAAAUUAAGUACGUGGGUUCGGUGCAGAAUCCUCUGUCGGAAUUAUAUGUAACGGCACAACUCUGGGCAGACUCGAAACCGCUCGGGGUGCCCACCCAGACUGCUCACACCUUCUUCAAGGGCGAGAGAAGUUGGAACCAAUGGCUGGAGCUGCCAGUCAGCAUCAGGCACUUGCCUGCGUCGGCGCAACUGGCACUAACGGUAUGGGACCUAAACCCACUCCCCAAGGAUGGACGACUGGACCAUAGUAUACCGUUUGGCGGCACUACAAUCUCGCUCUUCGAUGAUCAAGGCACUCUUCGCAGAGGUCAUCAGAAGUGUAAGCUCUAUCGAACAAAGGAAGCCGAUGGCCGCACGCCGUCGAUCACGCCUCAUAUUCCUGCACCAAGACGGCCACGAAGAAACGAAGCACCUGAGUUGGCUAAUCCAGAGGAAGCGGAAUUGGACAGGCUACAGAAGCUUUUCAAGAAGCAUGAGAUGGGCGAGAUCCAGUCAAAUGAGUGGCUUGAUCAGCUGGUCUUUAAGAAAGUCGCCGAGAAGACCGCGGCCGUAGAUGAGGCUGCUCGUAAACGAGCCAAUCUCAGAAAAGCCGCGAAGAGGCGGGCGCAGAAAGCAAUGGACCUGUCAAAUGGCAAGGCGCCUGGAAAGGUCGAUUCUGACGACGAAUUCGAAUCCGAAGAUGAGAUCGAUGCAGAGGAGCGCUUUGCACUUCAUAUUGAUUUGCCUAGAUGGGAUUUCCCUGUGGUAUUUGCAGACCAUGAAUACGACAUUCCACGCUCAAUACGAGAUUUUCAGAGCAUGGCUCCUGGCUCGGGAUCGUCGACAAAGGCGCCGCCAGAAGUCAGAUUCGGACCGGGCAUUGCAGGUCUGAACGGUACGCUUGACGAUGAAGACUAUCCCGUCAUUCGAUUCUUUGACCCAGAGCAGUUCCAACGUGAAAAUCCUUGCGAGACAAAGCAUCGAAGACUAGUGAGAAGUGAACGUAACGCCCAGCCUGACACCGACAUGAAGCCCAAUGCGAAGCUGAGAGAUGAGCUCAACGAUAUCCUUGCGUACGGACCAACACAAGACCUUAGUGCACAAGAGAAGGAUGUCUUAUGGACAUUCCGGCGGCAUCUCAGCCGCGAUAAGCGAGCGCUUACAAAGGUCGUCAAGGCCACGGAUUGGAGCAAUCCAAAGGAAGCACAAGCACUGACAGACCUCAUCCCUAAGUGGGCUGAGAUCGAUGUCGAUGCUGCAUUGGAGCUCCUUGGACCGACAGUGGAUAGUCCGGUUGUCAGAGCAUACGCGGUCGACCGGCUCAGGAAAGCCGAUGACAAUGAGCUUCAGCUGUAUCUCCUGCAACUAGUUCAGGCCCUGAAGUUCGAGACUCACGAAGCUGACAGUGAAGGCCUCUCUUCCAGUUCGCUGGCCAAGUUUCUCAUCGACCGUGCCGCUGGUAAUUUCAACCUGGGCAAUUUCCUGCACUGGUUCCUGAUGGUCGAGUGCGACGAUCGCGGCCUUGAUGCCAACGCCUCAGAUCGCAAAUUGUUCGCGCGUGUCGAGUACCACUUCAUGCUGGAGCUAGAAGCUCGCGACCCACAGCAACGCAAGAUCCUCCUCAAGCAAGCUGAGAUGGUCGCCGUGCUGCAGAAGAUCGCCAAAGACAUCCGAUUUGGCCGAGACAACCGUAUCAACAAGAUCGAGCGCCUCAAGAAGUUCCUCGCCGAUCCGAAGAACGACCUGGCAACACUACCCACACCCAUCCCACUACCACUUGCACCCGAAUACAUCGUCACAGGAAUAAUCCCUGAAGAAGCCAACGUCUUCAAAUCCUCCCUCUCACCACUCCUUAUCACCUUCAAAGUCCAGCCAGUAGCACCAGCCACCACACCAUCAACGAUAGCGACGCCCACUCCCGCGCACCCCUCCAAAUACGCCAUAAUCUUCAAGACCGGCGAUGACCUCCGCCAAGACCAACUCGUGAUCCAGAUCAUCACCCUGAUCGACUCCCUCCUGCUCAAGGAAAACCUCGACCUCAAAUUAACCCCAUACCGCAUCCUCGCCACCUCCCCCAUCUCCGGAGCGAUGCAGUACAUCUCGCCCUCCAUCGCGCUCUCGGCCAUCAGCACCCGCUACCGCGGCUCUGUCACAGCCUACCUCCAACAGCACAACCCUGACCCGAACGCGCCACUGGGGAUCCGGAAAGAGUGUCUCGACAACUACAUCAAGUCCUGCGCCGGAUACUGCGUCAUCACAUACAUCCUAGGCGUCGGCGAUCGGCAUCUCGAUAAUCUGCUCCUCCAGCCGAACGGAAAGUUCUUUCACAUCGACUUUGGGUUCAUUCUAGGACGGGACCCGAAACCCUUCGCCCCGCUGGUCAAGCUCGCGAAGGAGAUGCUAGAGGGCAUGGGUGGGAACACGAGCACAGAGCAGUACAAGCAGUUCCGCCAGUAUUGCUUCACCGCCUACACGGCGCUGCGCAAGAACUCCUCUCUCGUGCUGAACCUGUUCAGCUUGAUGGUGCAGAGUUCGGUGCAGGACGUGCGGCUGGCGGAGGAGACGACGGGAUUGCAGCAGAGAAAUGCGGCAGCGGGCGAGCCAGGAGCAGUGGGUGGUGGCGGUGGGUAUGGAGGCGCGGUAGGGAAGGUCAGGGAGAGGUUCCAUUUGGAUGUGAGCGAGGAAGAGGCUUUGAGAAUUCUGGAUCAGACGCUGAGUGAUGGGGCCAACGCGUUCUUUGGGGUGGUGAAUGAUCGGGUGCAUGAGUUUGUGCAGGGUUGGAGGGCUUGA